CAAUAGUCUUUAAUACUGUGAUUAAUAACAACAAACCUGGUAAUAGGCACGAAUAUAAUAGUAGCUAUGAUUAUAGUAUUGGAUAUAAAUAUAGUCUUGAGCACGAAUAUGAUAGUAAGCAUGAAUAUAGUAUUAGGUACAAAUAUGAUAGUGGAGAUAAAUAUAGUAUCGGUGGAUAUGAACAAUGUGGUAGUGGCACAAACAUGCAUGAAUAUGAUAGUACGAAUGAACAUAAUAGUUCAAAUGAACAUGAUA